CGUUUGUACAACGCUUAUUUAACAUCGGGUUCAGUGUCAUCGACGAAUAAGAGGACAGAAAUCGAUAAGAAGCGUUCACUUCCGAACCUGCUCCUUGGAGCUAGUUGCCCCUAGCUCGCAAUGCUAUCGUAACAUUACUACUGCAUUUCUAAUAAUAGCAGCAUGGGGCUUGAACGCCACUGUCAGUAAGUGCAGCAGAGGAUGACUAUGGCACACGUAGGGGCAGUAGUGGCUACAGUAGCGGGACUCAUGGCCAUCCUUCUCCACUCAUCCAUUCAUAAGAUUGAAGAAGGACAUCUCGCGGUUUAUUACAGGGGAGGAGCAUUGCUGACUGCCCCCAACGGCCCCGGGUAUCACAUUAUGCUCCCCUUCAUCACCACCUUCAGAUCGGUGCAGACUACGCUUCAGACUGAUGAAAUCAAGAAUGUGCCAUGUGGAACCAGUGGCGGUGUGAUGAUCUACUUUGACAGGAUAGAGGUAGUCAACAUGCUGGUCCCCUCGGCAGUUGUGGAAGUAGUGAAGAACUACACCGCUGAUUACGACAAAACCCUCAUCUUUAACAAAAUCCACCAUGAACUCAACCAGUUCUGCAGCGUUCACACUCUACAGGAGGUUUACAUUGAGUUGUUCGAUAUCAUUGAUGAAAAUAUGAAGAUUGCCUUGCAGAAGGAUCUUAAUGAAAUGGCGCCUGGACUCACAAUUCAGGCAGUUCGAGUUACCAAACCCAAGAUCCCAGAGUCAAUCAGGAGGAACUUUGAACUCAUGGAGGCGGAGAAGACCCGCCUGCUCAUCACGGCUCAGACUCAGAAGGUGGUGGAGAAGGAGGCCGAGACUGAGAGGAAGAAAGCCAUCAUCGAGGCUCAGAAGCAGGCCCAGGUCGCGGAGAUCCAUUUCCAGCAGAAGGUGAUGGAGAAGGAAACCGAGAAGCGGAUCUCUCAGAUAGAGGACGCUGGCUUCCUGGCCAGGGAGAAGGCCAGGGCUGAUGCGGAAUACUACACUGCCGCCAAGUUCGCCGAAGCCAACACGUUGAAGUUGACUCCCGAGUACAUCGAGCUGAUGAAGUAUCAGUCCAUAGCGACCAACAGUAAGAUCUACUUCGGGCAGGACAUCCCCAACAUGUUUGUGGAGGGGGCCAAGCUGGGGCCCUCCCCCACGCCGCCGACCGACACGGACUCUGACUCCCAGGGUCAGUGAUGGCUCGGCCGUCCCACAGGGCCAGCCGAUGUGGCCUCAUCGGUGAGGGGGAGGCUUCUGCAGCUAAAGGGACGAAUGACGACACGCUAUUGGUCUUGAUUUUCAAAAUGACUGAGAAAGAGGAGGAGUGAAAGCGGAGAGACGCAUAUGAUUUCCUUUUGGUUAAUUCCUGCAUUCUCUUUGGAGAAAUGUUUAGCGUGUGGUUUCAGUGGGAUGAUGGAUGCCAUAUUCAAAAUAGAUUGAAGGUUGAGUCCACCAGGGAAAGGUUCUCAGAGGCAUGAAUUUACUGAAAUGGACUUCUGCUAACGAGCACUUCCUGCUUCGCUAUGCUUGCGUUAAUGGCAGACAUUUUUUUAUUAUCUUCGUUGGAACAGCUUUCAUUUUGUUAGGAGAGAAAAAUUGGGCCGAGGGUUAUUUGUCGUUGGUUAUGUGGCCGUAACUGGACUUCAUGUGGUAACACUAAUUCUAAUGAGCUAUGUGCUGUAUGACUGUUAUGAGGUGGCUGCGUCAUUCAUUCUCCAUCCCCUCGUAACCAUUGAUUUACUACUUGGCUUUCUUCAACAAGAGAAGGAGCCUUAAUACUUAAUUUUGCUUUUGCUCUGAGUGCAAAUGCUUGAUGGCACGUUUGUGUAUUGGUUGGAACUUAUAUAUUUUUGAAUGCAGAUCAUGUAAGUGAUGCAAUGGUUGACUUGUUGUUCUGUCUUGGACAAUGGGUCAAACAAGGGGGAUCGGUGAGAUUUAUAUCCAACAGGCCUAUGUUUCAAGAACUCGAUGGUGGUAAGGGAAUCCUGUGAUAUGCAAAACUGUUGUGCAUGCGUGCAUAUCAGUUGUAUUCUUUUUUUGCUUAUGCAAGAGUUGGUCCUUUCCGUUCUCUGAAAUUAAUCCGAAACCAAAUCAGACAUGAACCCUUGGCCCAUUUCCCCACGUCCUGUGGUCACAGUGAAAUUAUCAGACGAGUCAAUUGACGUCAGAACCUGCAUGAACGACACAACCGACACGUAAUUCUGUUUUUAAUAUAAAAGGGCUUCCAGCAAGCGCUGUUGAAUGAAAACCGAGGCUGCAGUUGAAGCCAGUGUUGUUGAUGAUUGAUUUUUCUGUGUUAGACUGGUCAUGUUUAGUGUUAUUGAUUUAAAAGGGUGUCCUUCAAACUGAGUCUUAAACACUGCACCAAACUGUGAAAUCAACCAAGAAGGAAGAAUCCAGGGCUGCUUCAGAAUAAAUUCAAUGUCCUGACCCUGGUAUUUAUAUAAUGCCCUUUUCAUUACCAGUCAGUUGGUUAUUAGCGCCCUUUUUAUUGUCGAAACUCCCAGUUAAUUUGCGAAGACGCCUAUUGCGAUGCUUACUUGAUCAUAUUCUCAUUAGUGCUUCAAUAUUUAUAGCUUGAAAAAUGUGCUUAUUUAUCUCAGGAAACUGGCAGAAUUAAACAUUUGCGUCCACCAAUGACCUGGAAUGCCCCUACAUAAGCUGUAACGCUAUGGAACUGUCUUCCUACAACCAGAAUGUCUCUUGCUUACGGGGAUUAAUACGCCUGAUGAGAUAAUUAUGUUAGGCCUACAUUAAAAAAAAAAAAACGUUUUGGGAAUUUCAUAGCAGAAGUGCAGUCAGGAUUUCCACUGCAAUUUACUUUACAUGGCUACUAAUUAUCCAAAAGCUUGCACUUUUAAUUUAUGCAAGAUGUUCAAAUUCUCGAAAGUAGUAUAUUAAUAUUAGCGGCAGAACGCUUAGCAAUUUGGAAUAUAGGUGGUUUACAUUCUGACUACUUGUGUCAUUAUUCUCCAAAAUGCAGUGCUUUGCCUUUCAUGUUGGACAUAAAUAGCCUCAAAAGAUUUAGAUUUCAAGCCUUAACAUAUCCAGUCCACCUGGAGAGAGCGACAAUAAUGGGGAACCACUUCAGAAGGAGUCGCCUGGUUUGCACAAACUAGUGGAAUAUUGACUCAAGUGGUGGCCUAGUAAGACUACUGACGAGCCUAAACAUUGGAGACAUUGCCAUACAAUAAAAUUAAUAAGGAAAAAAAAAUAACAGACUAGUGUGUGUGUGUGUGUGUGAAA